CGACUCUCCUUGUACUUCUUGCCGACUGUCACUGUCUGGAAUUUUCAUCAUGUCUUUUGGUUUACAACCGCCCGUUCUCCCCUCAGAGGUUCUGUCGGCAAUAUGCUACGUCACUAUUGUCCUCUUUGCUGUCUACUUCAUACGAAAACGCAAAAAUAAUAGAGGAGAGAAGAAUCUUAGCUUGGCGGCGAGUCCAAAACGCUCCAAAGCCGGCCAAGAUUACUCUGAUGUGUUCCCACCAUCGCAGCGCCCGGUUCUGAGCAGCUUCGACUCCCGAUUUCCUCACGCUGAUCAGAAUGUGGAAACAUCGAAGUUGUCUAGGCUGGUACUUGGUAUGAACGAAGACUAUGCAACUGCAAGCCCCGAGCGCUUCAUUUACAGCGGAUUCACCGUUGGCGAUGUCUUGAAGUUGGGCGACUUUCCUAACGACGCGGCCUUGUCAGAGGUUCCCCUGCCAAAGCCGGCUGAGGAUUUCGACAUCAAGACUUCUCCGCCUAGGCCAUACAGGCCUCUGAGAUGGCCAUACCACCAGACUAUGUCGUUCCAGAAGAUGGAGACGGAUUACUGGAUUGAACUUGAUAACACGUACCAUCGCUAUAUUCAGGAACGAAAGGAUAUCUUUGCCAAGAACGGGAAGAAUAUUCUCAAUGCAUUGCCUGGAUCCGAGUUGGCUUGUAAGGAGCUUAUGGAGAUGGUGAUACAAUUCCUUUGCGCCCGGUAUCCCCACUACUUUCAACUGGACGGCAACACCUUUAUCAACCGUAUACUCGGCACUGAAAAUGACCUUUCAACGGCUGAUCCCCUGCAUGUUUUGUUGGAAAACGUCCCUGAAGACUUUGCCAUCAUGCUUCGAGACCCUCAGACCGGACGAUACCACUUCCGGGCUGGCGUCAUCUGCGCAUCAACUGGAUGGAGUCUGGGAACGAAACUCGGCCUGGGUCUACCCGAGAUCCAUGAACCUGUUCCUGAUUAUAGGGAGAAGAUGCAGCUAAGUAUGGAUCGAUUCUUCACAAAGAUGCCGGCGUCAAAGCCCAUUCAGAGAGGAGCAUGGGGAUUUGAGAUUGGCCAACAUCUAUACAUCCCUCCUGAAGACCCUGGCCUGAGAAUUCGGGACUCCCAAGAUCCGUCUCUUCGUCUCGAGGAUCUAUACUUUCGCGUCGACUGGCAGACGCUGCGCCGACUCCCGCUGUCAGGCGCCAUCGUCUUCAACUUCAAGGCCUUCUUCACACCGGUAACUAGCUUGAAGGAUGAGCCAUAUGUUCCCUCAUUAAGCCUCAAGGUUAUCAGUGAUAGCAAGGAGAACUUAAUACGGUAUAAGAGUGUGUGGCAUGUUGAACACAUACUCAAGCCAGCUUUGGCCGAGUAUGAGAGGUAUCAGAUUGACAAUGGCAUCAUGGAAAAGGAUUGGCAGCAUCAAACAUUGCCUGAGAGUCCAUUCUUUCGGGGCUGGGAGGCAAAGUGGAAGCAGCUGAACUUGGACUCGAGUCGAUGAGAUCUGUCUCAGUCGAGCCAGUCCCAGUUACUGAAUAGAACGUAUUGAACACGCACGACCGGACUAAAGUCUACGCUCAAUCAUGUAGCUUUGGGUAUCUCUUGGUGGUGUUGUACUCGGUACAUCAAGUCGAGUCGAUCGCUGCCAACGUAUCCCUGACCCUCCGUACCACGCAAGGGGGUCAUGAAUGAAAUAAAGAGGCGAAUCAAAACGCAAUAAACGUACCGACCCGUGCCUCAUUCUCCCGGGCAUACUGUAUCCAGUUCAUACCCAUUUCAUACUCAGAACUCCCCCACAAAGUCGUGAGAAACUGAAGGGCCGUAUGGUUGCACCAGAGCCCUGUCACAGACAACGAGUCAAGAAACAGUCUUUCAAUGAUGGACUGCCUCAGCUUGUCUCCCCGACACUCUGUCCCGGCGAUGAAGCAUGGAAGAAACAGAUCGUGGGAGAAUGUAUGUACGUGUCCUGCUAGGACGGAUUGCAUUUCGCGUAGAAGGAUGUCUAUGGUGGAUUUGACAAGUUCUUGGACUUUUUCGGCGGGAGCGAAGGCUUGGUAGCUGUAGAUGAUGGUGGCGUGGUAGUGUGCCCUGACGACAGCCUGGAAGCAUUGUUGCAUGUCCUGGUCCCCAGACAAUGUGCUGGCUUUGGCAGAAACUUCGGUAUAAGCAUUUUGAGCCCUUUGGCGCCAUUCUUCCAUGUCGAUGUCUGCCAGCUGUUGCCCUUUUCGUCGGGCAUGGUGGCGUUGUCUCUCGACCGUUGUGAUGUCGUUUAUCACUCCUGUAAAAGACCAUAUUCUUGUAUCGCCAAAGGGUUCGGAUAAUGAAGUCGAGUCAUCGGUAAAGACGGAAAUAUUGCAUAGUGUGUCAAGAUCGGCUACUUCUUUGAGUAUGAAGCUCUCGAUGCCGUUUGGUGAUGUUCUGCGUGUUCUUAGGUUGCCAAAGUUGAUGAGCGUUCGACAGGCAUUCAGAUGGAGUUUCCAGUCCCUUGAUCCAGGGAUAAAAGCCUCAGUGUAACACAGAACCAGCAUCGCCGUGAGAAUCUCGACAAAAGACUGGCUGGUUUGUGCUUGUACUGUUCUGUGGACUGGUUGUAACUCAAGUCGCAUCUUUUGAUUCAAGACCCGAAGACUUUCAUC